AUGCUGUUUUUCCAUCCUGUGCGCCUGCUCCUCUAUAUCUUCCUGUGGGUCGUCUCCGCUGUGCUCUUGGGUCUGACUGCGGCCCGCUUGUACUACACGACCCACUUGCCGGCAUUCGACCCCCUCAACCAAGGAGUGGACUUCUACGAUCCGAUUGUGGCGGAAUUGCUCUUCUCAUCCAUUCUGACUCUCUUCUGGGCGACAUGGGUGAUCCACGUCGUCGUCAGAAACUUCGAGUGGGGCCUAGUUGUCAGCUUCGCCAGUGAGCUGCUGGGCCUCUCGGUCGUGUUUGUGCUCUGGCUCGUGGGCGCAGCCAUUGCAACAAACAUGUGGGGCGACCUCCACUGGUGCUGGAUCUACCAGCCCUGCCGGCUGCUCACUGCGCUUGUCGCGUUCGCGUGGAUCGGUUGGAUCACAAUUCUCGUGCUGCUAGUGCUGAGUACCCUCUUCGUCACGGUCAAUCGUGCGCUCUAUGCUCCCUUGCACGGACGGUACGAUUUCCGCUCGCACUUCCGCAACGCCGGUCGCACCGUGCGCGUCUAA